AUGGCCAGUCACAAAGGUUUCUGGGGUCACCUACCUCCCGAGAUUCAAGUGGAAAUCAUUCGUGUCUUGCCAAGUGUCGGCGGGAAGUGCGGUCAGCUUGUAACCGUUUGCCGAGCCUGGCAAACGAUCCUCGAACCGCUUAACUUUGCAGAGAUCAGCCUGACAGUACCGCGCCUUGUGGACACCAAAUCCCGAGACAUUUUAUUCGGAAAGAGAAACCUCAUCCGCUAUAUUUGGUUUCGUGUAGAGCUGAAGGAGUAUGAUUGCAUUCGAUGCUGCAAUGAAGACCCCGACUUGUGGGGCUUGGAUGAUAUCGAUAACCAGUUUAUUAAAGAUGCGUUUGAAGGCCUGUUUACGAUGCUGAGCGUAUGGGAGCCUCGUGGUAAUUUGGUCCUCGAUAUCAGUGUCUAUUCGCCUAGUGACGAUAAACACUGGUUCAAGUACCUAACUUUCCACUCAGACACCGAUCGAGCCGAGUGCCCGCCCGAAUACGAACGAAACGACCCGGCUCAUGGAUGGAUUGACGGAUGCCAGACCAUGGCCCCUACCUGGAUCGCUACCGAACGCGUAUUUGAUGAGAUCAUGGGCGAGGGACCUUUCGGCGACGAACCACCCGAGAUGGAAUGGUGGAGGAGUCUCCCCUUGGUACCUGUUGUCGGUGGCGUGCUCUUUCGCCAACAAACUCGUAGACGAUGGAAGCCAGUGACACUUGCGAGCAUGUUGACACGUUUCCCGAACAUCAAGGAACUUUGUUACGAACCUUGGAGAGAAUUGGGCAUGAUUGAGACCCAAACCGACGGCUGGACUCAAAAUCUAAUCGAAUCCUUUUCCUCGACACAAUUGUGCAAGCUGACCAUAUUCGAGAACUUCAACGAGUCUUACCGAGAUAGAUGGCACAGGAUGAUACGCUUCCCAUGUCCCGCUAUCAGAGUUCCGAAUCCCUCCGUAAGCCAAAAGCUUGCCCGCGCUAGCUUGCAUCUUAAAACACUAUCCGCCUCUUUCAUGGUCGACGCCGGUGACUUCUUCGCAGCGCGUCAACGCUCUUGGACGUGGGACAUGAUGACGUCACUUGCGCUGACAUCAAGUACCCUCACUAACGACGCGAACCCCGUGGAUAUAAACAACAUGCUCCAAAGCGCCGCAGCCGCUGCCCUCAAGAUGCCAAGUCUGGACACAAUAGAGAUAUGGAACGGUAGACGAGGUUUGGCAAUGGUCUUUCGGUACGAGAGGGCUCGAGAUUGGCAACCGGCGAUCAUCACCAUACGAGGGACGUGGGAGUUUGAACUGGCGCCUGCGGUUAGGCGAGCUUGGGAUGCGGUCGCUCACGAGGAGGUCCUCGUGCAAAGGUCGUUGAUCGAUUUGGAUAAAAUACGAAGCCACGGGGAUGCGAUCCGCGAGUUGGGAUUGUCUGCCGAGGUUGUUCGACCUGUCUCGCUACAACAAAUCCUGAUCGAAAAUCGGUUUCAGGCAUGA